AUGAAUCAAGUCCUCGGAGGCUCAGUGCCUCCAAACACUGAUCAUGCUGUUAGUGUCUCACUACCCACAUGGAAAUCCAACAUCGGUUACGAAGAAGGAGAAGCCUGGGUGGUAAGCAAGAUGCAAUCCGGUUAUCCCCGGUUCUUCGUGCAUCUUGGAAUCCAAAAGCUCGCCCAAGAGAUUGUCCGUCGUGUUGGUAACCCGGAGUCAGAAGCGGCAACUCUCUUCGCAUCCCUCAAAACUGCGCGUAUCUGCCAUUCUUUUAUGGUGUCCAAGAUCCCCGAAGACCAGUCACAAAAGAUCCGGAUCGUGAACUUCAUUCCCUCUCCGAAUACCGAAGCCGGUUCGACCUCAGUCAAAUCCUCCUUAGUAUGUGUGAUUUAUCCAAAAGAUCUUGCUUCCAUUGCCAAGCAGGUUUGGCAGCACUCUGGGUGUGGUAUAUCCAGUCGACGGGGUGAGUUCUGCAUGCGUGCUCUGCAGGAUGGUUUUCUGGUAGAGGAAAAUAGUACCACGACCAUCGACUUAGACACUCAGCGUCCAUGCAAGGGCCCUCGGAGGUAUCGAGGCAAGGGAUCUGUGAAUGGAACUUCGCGUGGCCCCUCGACCCCCUCAUCGCCAGACACCCCUUCUGCAACCGACGGCAUUGAAGAUGGACGAGACUACGCUCAGUUUAUUGAGGAGAGGUUUGGCCGAAACUUGAGUACUUCUUACGCAAACAAGGCAAAGAUUGCUGUUCGGAGACGUAUUGCUGGUGUAUUGACCGCUGAUGUGGAGCUUCCCGAGGCCUUAGAAACCGCAACAUCAGAAGGCCGCAUUGCUGGUGUCUCGGAAGAUGAUGUUUACCUUUUCCCCACUGGUAUGAGUUCCAUUUUUUCCUCGCACCAAACCUUGUUGAGCGCGCGGGGUCCUCUUAAGAGCAUUUGUUUUGGAUUCCCAUAUACAGAUACAUUGAAAAUUCUCGAGAAAUGGGGCCCUGGGUGUUUAUUUUAUGGCCAUGGCUCCUCUGAAGAUUUAGAUGAUCUCGAAGCACGACUGAAGAACGGCGAACGAUUCCUUGGGCUUUUCACUGAGGCCCCGGGAAACCCCCUACUUAGGACUCCAGAUUUGGUACGCAUACGCUCCCUGGCAGAUCAGUACGAUUUUGCUGUGGUCGCGGAUGAGACCAUUAGCAACUUCCUCAAUAUCAAUGUUCUUCCUUAUGCCGACAUCGCCGUCAGCAGCUUGACCAAGCUUUUCAGCGGGGACAGCAACGUCAUGGGAGGUAGCUUAAUCGUCAACCCACAUGGACAGUACUAUCGACGACUGAAGGAAACCUUGAGUCAUGAGUAUGAGGACAUCUUCUGGGCAGAGGACGCUGUCUUUAUGGAACGAAACAGUCGCGACUUUGUGACAAGAAUCGAUAAGAUCAACUCCACGUCCGAGGAAAUUACCGCAAUGCUGAAAGACUCUCCACUGGUGAAAGAGGUAUACUAUCCUAAAUACAGUCCCACCAGGCCCCUUUAUGAUAGUCUUCGUACCCCUAACGGCGGCUAUGGAGGUCUCUUCUCUAUCACAUUUCACUCAAAAGAAGCGACCAUUGCUUUCUAUGAUACUAUAGAAGUGUUGAAGGGCCCUAGUCUUGGAACUAACUUUACUCUCUGCUCUCCAUAUGUUGUCCUUGCCCAUUAUGGUGAACUUGAAUGGGCGAAAUCUUACGACAUUGAUCCCGAUCUAAUCAGAGUCAGCGUUGGCCUGGAAGACGUUGCAGAUCUACGAUCCACGUUCCAGCAGGCUCUGGAUGCCGCGGAAAAGGCUAAUAAAUAG